GGACAGAGGGUGUGGGUUGCUUCCCUUUUUCACCUCUCUCUCUCUUUCUCUCUCUUGCUAUACCUAGUGUCUGUCUUUCUCUUGACUUCCGCCCUGAAGCUACAGGAGCCGUGGAUUUGCAGAAGCCCAGAAGGCGACAGACCCCAGAUUCGAGCUCGACUCUUCUGUCCGCCUUGUGCCAGUCAGAGGAGAUGGUCUUGGUGCCCUGGUAGCCAUAAAGGAGCACUCGGACAUGACUCAGGAGAACUUUAAUGAGCUUCUGCACAGGCUAAAGGUUCUUCAUGAGAGAGAGCUUGAAGGAUGGCAGGAAAAAGUGUUGGAGCUGACCAAUCAGAAAUGCUGCAGCGAUACAAAGAGGAUGGAAGAACUGUUCAACAAGAACCAGCAGUUACGAGAGCAACAGCGGGUCCUAACUGAAAACAUUAAACAACUAGAGAAUAGACUGCGUGCAGGUCUGUGUGACCGGUGCACAGUCACACAGGAUGUAGCCAAGCGGAAGCAGCAGGAGUACGAGAGCUCUCAAAUUCAGAGCCUCCAACAUAUCACUGUCCUCGCAAGUGAAAUGAAUGCAUUAAGAAAGGAGAACAAGAGGCUGCAGGAAGAAGUGAAGGCCCUGCGAGGCACGAUCAAGGGCCAGAACGGUCACAGCUCCCAGAGUCCCGCCGCAGAGGUUCUUCAUGAGAGGCUCCCAGAGUCACCGGAUCCUGCCACAACAUCGAUGAAGUGCUGCAAGCAGUCUCCCCCGAGCAGCUGCAGAUCUGGGCUGCCCACUGCAAAGAGCAGUGCCGACUGUCACAGUUCCCUCACUGCUGAGGAAAAGCUCCCAGGAUACAGACUUCCACAAAACUGGAAUAUGCAAGACACUUACGAUGUUUCCUCCAAGGUCCUGGCUAACAGUUCUCCCAUCUCCCCAGGAAGAAGGGCUGAGACAAUUACUUCCCGGAGCAAUUUAGCAGAGCGGAAGAGAUCGCACAGCACAGAAGCUGUGGAAUCCCUCCAUUCACCCACCUCCCCUCUGCUCAUCCUUAAGCGUCUCCACCUGCCCGCUGCUUCCCCCUCGUCUUCCCCACUUUCUCCUUCCCCAGCCUGGGACGAGAAGCCUGCCAUGUAUCCUUCACCAGGUCCGGUGCUUUAUCGGCCAAGACCCAUCAAGAAAACCCGCAUCUCACUCCCAUGGCUCCACACAGAUCACCAUGAAUGGGCAGCCCUGGCUCCCCGGACAACUUUCCUGGACAACAACAGGAAGGCUGUGGAGAAAGAGUGGCCCCUGACAGAGGGCUCAGAAAACAGCCAUCAGUUUAAGAGAAGGGCUCCUGGGCUGGUUCCUGGAUAUACUGUGCCCCACAGAGAAGUCAUAUUCACUGAGGAGUGGAAAGACAGAGGAAGAAACAGUAAAGUGGCUUCUCCGCCGAUGAAGGGUGGUACAGGGCAGGCAGCAAGGAGCUCAGAGGACAGUUUGGCAGAUGUUGCUGGGGAUACGCCCCUUGACCUCUCUGAUCCUGGGCGAUUUAAGCCUGUCAAUGAGCCAAAAAGCUUCAAAUCCAGUCCUGCUCCCAAAGUGGAAGACCCCGGAGCACCAGAGGGAAACAACAAAGGUGCACAAAUAAAAACGCCCCCACACACUCAGGCAUCACCAAAUACAGCUCCUUCUUCUGCAGCUACUGCUACCCCCCCUCAGUCAGGCCCGUCUGUCCCCACCAGCCCCGAGCCAGGACAAGGGCAGAAUGCCAGUGGACAGAACCCACAGAAGCAAGAUGAGGUCUCCAUAAAAGAAGAAGAAGACCUGGAUUUACAGCUAUUGACAAAUGCUGAAAAAAAGAAAGUUCCUGUCCUCACUAUCUCCCUCCGUCCAGUUGUAGUUCUGGAGGCACUGAAACAUGGACUGGAGACUCGGGAAUCAUGUCAUUCGAAAAUAACGAUGGCUGUUAGCAAAGAACAAAACCAAGAGGAAGUGCCAGUGGGAGAUCCCACCUCUACUGCGACAGCUCAGAAUGGCCAGGGGAAGCGGAGAGGGCAGGCUGCAGGGAGGGAUGCCCUAAAAGAACAGAGAUCCAAGACGCCCAUCUCUCAAGGCACUAUGGACACCGUGUGACACUGUGUGACACUGCGCUCAGCACAGGAAGAAACCUGCAUAAACACAGUGAAAACACACACAGAGCCAGAGAUGCGGUUUAAACCCCUAACUUUCAGGAGGUAGAAUCUUUCAUCUUAAACAGUGGUCACAUGACUCUAUCUCGAACCAAUGGAUACUGCUGGGUGGACUGCAGCUGAAUCUCCAACAGGCAAAUGAACAAAGAGCAGAAUGUUGAGCUGAUAUGAAUACAGGUGGAUGCUACACCUGUUUUGGAACCUAUGGAUUUCCAGGUUAAUUAAUUGAAAAUUAAUUAAAUAAACACACCUCUCCUAAAGCCUCUAGCCACAAAGAUCUGUAGAUUAACCUUUGCUGAAGCUUAGGUAAUGCUGACAAGAAGAGCAUUGCCCUUUCCUCAUAUAAGCAAGUGUGAAAAUAUCUUUUUCUUCCUCCGUUACUAUUUUUACUUUAAAGUUUUGUUAUUUCUGAAAUCAAUGUAAUUUCCCAAAGAUUAUUUUUUGUCAGUAAAAUGCACUGCCUGUAAUAUAAUAAAAAAAAUAUCAGA